AUGUCCCAGGCAGGUGCUGGUGGUCUCGUUGUCGAAGUGUGGGCGUGGCCGUGGUUGUGGUACGCGCGCGGGCUGCCCUGUGUGUUCGUUCGUAUCGCCGCCGCCGCCGCCGCCACCGACGAGGCCUCUGCUGCUGCCGCCGCCGCCGCUGCUGCUGCUGCUGUUGGCGGUGGUGGUGGUGAUGGUGCGCCGUCUCCUCAAUAUCGCUCUCCUUCGAGGUAA